ACGUCGAAAAAAUCAGACCGGCUUUUGGUGCGUUUGUGUAGCUGUCCGGAGUGAAACAAGUUAAUGUUGACCAGUUGUCAUGUAUCAAAUAAAACUGCUCGGGACCUUUAAGUCAGCUUUUGUGUGACCAUGUAUGAAGUUUCCUAAUUUAGAGCAUCUGUCUGAGUUUUAGUCGGCAACAGUAGAUGGAUUUAGCGAGGUUAACGUAUCUCAGGGUCCGCUGUUUAACGAGGGUUCACCUUUGCUGUCACUUUACCUAGCUAACUAGGACCAGCUGUUCGUGGUCGACAAAACCAUGGACGCAGCAGUAAAAUUCACAAGUCAAAGUCAAGGAAGAGAUCGCAUAUUCAGAGCAGUCCAAUAUGCAUGUACCCUGUCGGUAUAUCUACUCCGAAACAACUCGAAAAGAAAGGAAGUUGUGGCAAAACUUAAAAGUCUGGAAGCCAACAUGAGUGCUGGACGAAAACUGUUCAGGCUGGGAAGCACAGUAAAUUCCAUUGAGGCUGCUAGGCGAACCAUGCAGCUCUCUGACCUAGUGCUGUGCCUGUGCCUCACUGCAGCCAACAUCAACCGCGCCCUCUACUUUAUCUGUGACAAUGUACUUUGGGCCAGAAGUGCCGGUCUUAUCCGUGAUAUUGACAAGGACCGCUGGAGCCUAAAUGCCUCUCGGUGCUACCUCCUCUCGCUAGUUAUGAAUUUGACCAGAGAUGUUUAUGUAGUCUCCCAGUUAAUGUGGAAGAGAGCAAGAGAUGAACACUUUAGACAGAAAAGGGAUCAGCAUCUGAGUGAAAGUCCUGAAGUAGCAGAAGUUGUUAUUCCUCAGUUGGAUGCUUUUCUCUUCUUGCUGUUGGAAAGUCUAAGAUCACAUCCGGCUGUUGCCUUGGACACACUGAAAAACAUAUGUGAUCUUUUCAUUCCCUUGGACAGGUUGGGUAUAUACCACUCUAAUGCAGGAGUGGUGGGAUUUUGUGGCCUGAUAUCCUCAGUGAUCGGGAUCAUUACCCUCGCACAACCCAACUUAAGAAUCAAACCGUGAUAACAAGGGUGGAGAUAAACCUUAUAGAUGCAUAAAAAUGUUAUUCAUGACAAGCUUUAAAAUGAUUUUACCUUAUUUAGUUGGAACUGUAAUGGUGCUUUGGGGUUAGUCUGGUGCAUAAUGAGCCCGCAACAAAUCGCAAACACAUUUUGUAAUGUCUUUGUAAGAAUGGCAUUUAUGGCUUAUACCCAACUAAAGCCAGCAACAACUGAAGGACGUGCACAUUUAUGGAAUAACUGGAUUUUUGUUUUUCAACAGAUUUUUUUAAAAUUACAUUUAAAACACUAUUUUGAAAGACAUCAAAUCACAUUUUUAUGGCAUUUGUAUUUUUUCAGUUUAUACCAUCCAAGGAUAAAUAAAGGAUGCCACACAAAACACCUAUACCACAGGCAAUGUUGAAACUAUUGUACUUGUUGAUGCACACUUGUGCUGCUUGUCUAUUUUUGUACCUAUAUUUUAGAAAAGCGUUAAGGUCCUAAUCUUGGUGGUGUGAUCACUUUAAGACUGCUCUGCACACUGUUUUGUGAUGAAAUGCUGCUACAGGCGACUCUUGGAUGCAGGCAAACAUUAAGCUGCUAACCAAAAGUGCUUCAAGUGGAUAAAAAAAGUAGUUUAUAGAGCUCAGGGAAUUAUCUCACCUCAACAGAAUACACUGUUUGUUAAAGAAGCAGCUCAGAAAAGAUACAAAAAUGAAGAAAUGUACAAAAAGCAACUAUGCAGAUCAGGUUAGACCUACUGCUUUAAAUAAAUGUUUAAAUUGAAUUCUUAGCAUAUAGUCUAGGAAUGGCAUGCACAUGUAUGAAUGUUUUUUGGUCACUGUGAGACGGGUAAUAAAGAUGGUCAAGGAAAAACUAGAAAUGCCAAAUUCCUC